GUGCACCUCUACUCGGGAGCUCCCUGCCCCAUGUCCUUUGAGCCACCGUCUUUGUCCUGGAAAGGUCUGUAGCCUAGUUCCGAGGCUUGUGUUGGGUCCUUCUUCCUGAGACCCCAGUGGGCUUUGCUCUGGAGGUGCGGGGAAGGGAGUCCUGGCCAGGGAGGUUGCGUGGUGUGUGGUGCGUUCAGGCCUUUGCCCGCAGCAGGGGCGGCCUGUGUUUGGCGUGCGGACUGCUGCUGUGUGUACCAAUGCUCUUUCCUGCAGGCUCAUACUGCAAAUGUGCCUUGAUCUCUGGGGUGACCACUGUGAGGCGUGUGCCCAUGCUGGGGAGUGCAGGCAACCAUGAGUUCUAGCCAACCUGAACCUGGUGCCCGGGAACCCCAAAGUCCCCGCCCACAGCCCCUGUCCCAGAGUUCUUCCAGCUUGCUGUGUGAAGGUCGGGAGCAGAGACCAGAGCUGCGCAAGAGUGCCAGCAGCACUGUAUGGCCCGCACAGCCAGGAGAGGCCAGCACGAGUCCCCGGACUCUGGAGGAAGAGGGGUGCCAGACCGAGAGCAUGGAACAAGCACAGGCCCCGAGCCCUUGGUCACAGGGUGGUGCUGGAGGCCACUGGAGAAGCAGGACUGUUGGUAACGUGUCUACCAUGGGCAUCAGUGACCUGUGUCGCCUGCGGGCUCCCAGUGUGACAGCUGUGCAGAGGAGCCAUUCAGACUUGGUCCAUAGUGCCCAGACCCGGGGUAGUGGCGGUGCUCAGAAGGCCAGUCUCAGCUGUUCUGCCCUUGGCAGCUCACCUGUCCAGAGGGCUCAGCUGCAGCCUGGGAGUGUUGCUGGUCCAGAUGGCCAGACUCCUGCAGUCCUGCAGAGUGACCUUGCUCCCGAGGAUGGGACUUCUAAACCAGCCCGCAUGUUGGGGGAGAGUCAGGUGUUGGUGCCAACUGUAGAACUGGAAGGCACGACUGGUCUCAUCAGCAGUCCCCAAGGUGGACCCAAAGCGACUGGACAGUCAUCUACCACUUCCUGCCAGGCUCUGCCCCCAGCUGCUCUGCUCUGCACGAUGAGGGAGGCUGCAUCUGGCGGCUGCUGCCAUGCUCUGCCCGCUACCGGCAUCUUGGCCUUUCCCAAAUUGGUAGCAUCCGUGAGCGAGUCUGGGUUGCAGGCUCAGUGUGGGAUGAAAUUCCACUGUAAGUUGCCUGGAGGGAUUUCUGGACACCCUCACUGCUGUGUCCACCCUUGGGUGCCUACAGGGCUAGCCACAGAAUCUGGCUCCAGGACCAAAGAUGUGUGGACCAUGACCUCAGCCACUGACUUGGCCUUGGGUGUGGCCUCAGCCCAGGAUGCUGGGGUUCAGGUAGCUCCAGUGGCAGCCUGCAAGGCUGUGGCAACCAGCCCGUCCCUGGAAGCACCUGAGACUCUGAACAUGUUUCCAGAAGUAGUGCUGGGGUCCAGCCUGGAAGAAGCAUCAUCGCCCGUGAGGGAUGUGCGGUGGGAUGCUGAGGGCAUGACAUGGGAGGUAUAUGGGGCCUCAGUGGAUCCUGAGGUGCUUGGCAUUGCCAUCCAGAAGCACCUGGAGAUGCAGUUUGAGCAGCUGCAGCAGGCACCAGCCAGCGAGGACAGUCUAUCUACAGAGGGCCGCAGGGGCCCUCUGCGGGCCGUCAUGCAGUCGCUGCGGCGCCCCAGCUGCUGUGGCUGCUCGGGAGCUGCUCCAGAAUGAGGAACCAUGACCCUGAAGCAGGCCUGGACUCUGGACUUGGUCCCAGGCCAGUGACAGGCACAGCGAAGACUCGGUGUUACCAGAACCCACCCUCUCACUUGCACACCAGCCUUGGGCUUGCGGUUCCAUGCAGCUGGGCUGUCUUUUAAGGGCUUUGAUUCCCAAGAGCCACCUCCCCAUUCUGGCCUCUGGACUUGGGACAGGGAGUUUGCAUUGCACAUCGGUGAAAUCCUGGUUUCUUUCCUGUAAAAGUAUUUAACCUUUUGUUUAGUCCAUCCGCAGAACUUUGCUGUUUCUCCCCCAGGAGUCUCGGUGGUUUCAUUUUUAAUAGCAUUGCUAAGAAAUAAUGAAUUUUUACAUUACACAGGAGGUCCAGGUGGCAGGGAUGCCUUGGUCCUAAGAGAACCGACAUCGCUGGAGGUCCCUGCCUGCCAUGUACUGUGCUUGUCACCUACCUUGUUGUGGUUUCUCCUCUUUAUGGCUCUUCUCAGAUGUCACAGCAGAAGUCUGGCAAGGAUCUAGCUGAUGAGCUCUGUGGCAGACAGUGCAAAAUAGUACAGAAGGCUUAGAGCUGGGGCAAGGUUGAGCCCUGGUGCUGGCUUGAGACACCUACCUGGGCCUGCUCAGUGUAGCUGGAGACAGGAAGGACGAAUUGAAUGCCCGUUCUCUGCCAGGUUCUGUGGGUUUGUGCGGAAUGAGACGCAGUCGCUGUCCAUGGAGUGCAGGGACCAGAGCAUUACAGAAGGGCCACGUGUGUCACUUGGAGGGGGUUUCCAAAAGCCUGCCUCUGUAGGACACUGUAUCAGGUUCCCUGCCUCAGGAAGUGGGGAACAAGUAGCCAUCUGUCCCCAGAUGUUCAUCAGUGCUUGAAAGGGUGCCUUUCUCACCCUACUCUAUUGGAUUUUAUCCUAGCUGAUGUAGUUCUUCUGGGAGGGAGCUGGCUGGGGGUGGGGGAGUUGGGCUUGGGGUUCCCACCAGGUAGGAAAUAGCUAGAGCUGAGAGGCUCUCAAUGUCAGCGUUAGCAAUGGCCUAGUGUGGGCUGGUCGGUGAGGACUGGUAGAUCUGGUGGGGAGAGGGGACACAGGGCCUUAGCUGCCUGAUUUUAUUCCCCAUGGGCUUCUCAAGGCCCAGGAGGAUUGGGGUAGUCUGUUAAAGAUCCUAGACACCUGGGAUAGAGCCCCUCAGAUAGUUCCAGCGUUAUGUAGACUCAGGGCCUCAGAUUUGGUUAUGUUCAUGUAGGAUUGAAGCUGUAAUAAGUUGUGCACCAGGGGCUGAAGCCACUCCUGGGAUCCUGGGGCUUAUCUGCUCCGUCUGCAAGGUCCAGGCACUCACUGAAAUAGGGAAAACUCUGCAACAUGGCUUAAGGUUUGGAGGAGGACCGGCAUGUCAGUGGGUCAAAGAAACAAGGCAAGACAGGUUGGCUUUCUAGGUGAGAAACCUCAGUUUCAUAGGUACUAUGCCUUUCCCAGGGAGCAAGCACAUCCCUUAGAGUCCUGGGCAUGUGUGAAUAGUUGUGUGAUACAAGGCAAGUACGUUGUGUUCUGGGGUAUGGCAUGUGGUCACUCUGUCUCCUUCAUACAUGGGUACCAGCAGCCCAAUCUUGGAGCCUGAAUGGGAGUGAGCAGAUCAUUUUGGGGACAUGGGGCAAUGUCAUCUUCACACAGGGCCAUAGCCAAGAAGGCUGUUGACACAGAGGGCUUGGACAGGUGGACGGAGUGGGGACAACUUGGAGAUAUCUGUUCUGUUGAAAUAUGGUGAGCCACUGUUGGGCUGGUAGCUUUGGGUGUUCAUCAUCAGCUGGGAGGCUGGCUUGGGUGCCUGAGAUAAGCAUCACAGAAUCUGCAGAAGGUGGGGGAAGAGUCCCAAUCCAUGUGUAUGUUCAGUGAGAAGUCAAGGAGGCUGAGAUCCUUUCAUUUGGGGCAGGAGGACAGUGAGGCCACUUUCUGGGACAAGCAAGGGUGGGUGGACAGGCUCCUGAGGUCCAUGUGAAGAAAAACAGACCCAAGGGUGUGGCUGGUGACAGUGAAACCCACUGCACGAAGACCUUCUCCUCUGCCACAUACAGAUUUCAAGUUCAUUGUUGGGUAGAUUGUGCCAACCUGCAAUUCCCAUGCUGCACCUGGUACAGAGAUGAAAGCCAGGUGGCCUACUGGGGUCAGAACAGACCAGCCAGCCACCUGCUUAGCUUCAUCCUGAUUGAUAAACAUUUGUACAAUGGUGCUAGAACCCAGUGCAGCCUGUGUGUUGGUUGGGACUCUUAUAACACCUACUAGCUCAUCUCUACAGCUCCUGUUCUCAGGCAUCCCUGUGGCACCUGUGUCUUAGCUUCUGAACUGGACCCAUUCCCACUCCCUGUUCAGUGACCCCCUCCUGGGUAAGGCCUGAUUUGGGUACUGGACCAGGGGCUGUUGAAAAUGGUCACUGACUUUCCUUAUAGACAACUGCUCUUGGAUUCUUGAUUUCUGGCUGGACAUUUGGGGUCCCCUUUAGAGGUGGUAGAACUCGCUGUCUAUGUUUGUCUAAUUUUGAAUUAAAAAUAAAUACAAUUUGAGAGAUCA